UGUAAUAAUGGCAAAACAUCACUGAAGCAGAAAUCUACUUCCGUGCAAAAUGAAUUGCUUACAUUAAAUUAUUCUUUACAACGAAUAUAUCAUUGUGUUUUUAUUCAAUAUUGGCGCUUAUUUAAUGCCAUGACAGAACAAUUAGAAGUAGCAGUGAAAUCAGGUCGAGUCGACGUUGUCAAAGGAUUUUUGUCCACGUUGACAGAACAUAAAACUCAAGAAAAUUCAGACCUUCAGAAGAAGAUUCUAACCUCGGCAUGCUUCAAUGGAGAGUCAUUACUUCACAUGGCAUCAAGGGAGGACCAGUUUGACAUAGUUCGAACACUGCUAUCCUCCGGCGCUGAUCCAACAGUAAGAAAUGUGGACGGCAAGUUUGCCUUUGAGAUAUCAGCCAGUGACAAAACUUGCUCAGUGUAUAGAGAAUCUCUUCUUCAGGCAGCCUCACAAUCUAACAUAACCCAGGUGGAACAACUUCAUAACAGUGGAGUGGGUGUGAAUUUCAUUGACACGGCUGAGAGUGCAAACACGCCUCUACACUGGGCCGCAAGCUUUGCAGAGGUCCAGAUGGUUCAGUGCCUAUGUGCGCUGGGGGCCAAUGUGCACGCUGUUAACACUGUGGGGUGUACCCCUCUCCAUGAGGCUGUCAGUAGAGGCAAUCAUGACAUCGUACACUGCCUACUUCAAUAUGGAUCGGACCCUGCGCUUCAAAUAUCCAAGGGGAAGUUUGCGGGUAUGACAUGUUACGAGAUGGCCGAGGGCAAGCCUGAAGUACUUGAUGUGUUGAACAACCCCCCAGCACAGCUGGAAAUCAAACCCAAACAGGAAGAUACUUUAUCCCCAUUGACUGUGUGCAAGCCAAAGCUCAGUCUUCCAAAUGGAUCUGCAUUGAAAUCCACUGAUAAUGACAUUUCACCUCAACUGAUGUCUCCAGUGUUCAAGAGAAAUCCAGUUCCUGACCUGUCCAUGACCGCACCCCAGGUGGUGACAGAAGAGAAACUGAAUCACCUGUGGCCCCAGCCGCGCAGGCUAGAGCAGCGUGAGGGGCCCCCUUUCUGUCUGAACCACUCUUUUAUCCCUGUUAUGAUCUCCACGGCUACUGGCUCCGCCUCAAGAGAAAUCAAGAAGAAAUGGUUGCUUUAUCGUGACAAGUUUGCAGACAUGAAUCUGACUCUUGUGAUGGAGCCGCUAACGCCUCUGUGUAACCAGGAAGACCCUCACAUCGUGUGUAACGUGAGCCAGAGACUGUGCCCUCGGGCGCAGAGUUAUCAGCUGCACGUCUUGAAUAAUCAGAUCCGCCUACUGUGCCACGAUCUGAGCACUUUACACCAUGCCAUAUCAACCAUUCUCCAGCUGUUCUCCAUAUACACUGACGGGAAGACUAAGGCUAUUAACGUGCCACAACUCUGGAUUGAUGACUGGCCUGAUCUGCCUUACAGGGGAGCCUUGAUGGACAUUUCACAGGGAAGAGUUCCAAAUAUAGAGACAUUUCAGGAGACUAUCAUAAUCCUGUCUUCAAUGAAGAUAAAUCAGGUCUACGUCUAUGUGAGAUUUCGUCCACUGGAGCAAGUGCUUUGGCAAAUAUGCUACAGCAUAGAUGAGUUGUGUGACCUGGAUGAGUUCUGCCAUGACUACGGCGUGGAGCUGGUUCCCGUGCUGGAGGUUGCUCCAACGGUGCAGUACCAAGAUGUCCCUGCACUGUAUGCUGGUUUCCAGGAGUUCCUUGCGUGCUUCAACUACACUCAGUUUGUCAGUGUUGGUCCAAGGCUGAGCAGUUUCCUGCUGGAUGUAGACGACCAAGACAUCGCUGUGUCUGACAUCCACACCAUGCUCCCUUUGCGGGCCAACCAGACGGUGCAGCUGUGUGGGUAUCCCCUGCAUGACCUUGAACUUGACCUGCUCAGGCAGAUACCACCGCAUCUCGUGUUUAAUGAGUAUGGAGUGCAGGCCACUCAUAAUUACUCUGAGACCUGCAAACCACUCACAAAGAAUGGGAUAAGUUUCAUGGUGUGCCCGGGCACAGCUGCUUGGACCAGUCUGGCCGGAUGUCCCGAGGCAGCGGUCACCACUGUGUACAAUGCGGUCAAGUGUGCCAUAUCUGAAGGGGCCCUGGGGCUUCUGGUGUGCAACUGGUCAGGCAAGGGACAUGCGAACCACCUGCCCUUCAGCUGGCCGGGCUUCCUGAUAGGGGCUGGGCUGAGUUGGAACUCACAGUGCCAUUUUGAGUAUUGUUUGAGUAAUUUAGAGGACCUUAUGAACGAGCAUGUGUUUCAAGCAGAGCAGGGCAUUGUAGGACACGCUAUAGUGGAACUGGGACGAGCGGAAACCUACCUGCUCAGGUGCGCUAGAUGUCAGACAGGUGAAGACUGCUCUGACCUGCCUGCAGACAAUGGAUCCCUGCUGUAUAAACUACUGCUGGAACCAGACAAUGCUUCCAUAGAGAACCUUAAUCUGGAUAUGAUGCAGAAAGUUACCCGUCAUAUACGUAAGUGUCAGACAGAGUUAAAGUCAGCUGUGGUCCACUGCCGGCAGGGAGACAGUAUACUGGCUGAACUGAACCACACAUGUGAUCUCAUGCUGCUAGCAGUGAAGAUCGGUAGAGCGCUGAUAAUGGCUGGUCGUAACCCAGGCAACCAGGCUGGUCGUUCUCCAAGUAACCAGGCUGGUUGUGAUGUGGUGAAUCUUGGAAUAUCCAACCUGCCCCCCACAGCAAAGACAGACCUAGCUAACAGGUUACUGGAGUUGGUGGAUGUAUACAAGGGGUUGUGGAUGAAGCGCUACUUGGAACAUGGUCUUAAAUACUCACAGGCCUCACUGCAGGUCGUGCUUAAACAGUUCAUUCCUGAAGGUGAUCCCAGAUCUCAACAACAGGAAGAACAUGUUUAGUGAUGUGUAACCUGCAUUUUUUAUGGGUUGUUCAGACUUACUUUGGGGUACAAUAUGUAAUCAUGUGGUAGGAUUUUAAAUACAUGUGUUUUUAAUGGGAUAUUACAGUGUUAUUUUUGCUAUUUUUGGAAAUAAACGUGGGGAUAUUAUA